UGCAUUCAAAAGAGAUACUAUAUUCUAGUGUUUUGAACAGAACAAUAAUGAAGGUCAAAUAAGCCACUCACGAAGUCUCUGCAACUUCUUCUCCCUAUAAAUAUCCAUCGAAUCAAUUAGGAAACUUACCAAACAAAACAAACCUACAUAAAUACCACUUUCUUGUUUACUUCUUCUGUCUCCUCUUUUCCGCACACACUUCAAAACAAAGGGACCAAGCAACCAGCCAACCCAUCACUAUGUUUUUCUUUCUCAUUUUCGUCAUAAACAUACUCAUACUCACAACAUCAUCAUCAUCAUCAGAUCUUCGACCUGGGUUUUACUCAAAUACAUGUCCGAAUGCUGAAAUCAUUGUCAGAGAUGUCAUGAAAAAAGCCCUUAUAAGAGAACCUAGAAGUGUUGCCUCUAUUAUGCGCUUUCAAUUUCAUGAUUGCUUUGUUAAUGGGUGUGAUGCUUCUAUGUUGCUUGAUGAUACACCAAGUAUGCUUGGAGAGAAAUUGGCCCUUUCGAAUAUAAAUUCGCUUAGAUCAUUUGAAGUUGUUGAUGAGGUUAAGGAGGCUCUAGAGAAGGCUUGUCCAGGAGUUGUUUCUUGUGCUGAUAUCAUAAUCAUGGCUUCUAGAGAUGCUGUAGCACUGACAGGAGGACCUGACUGGGAGGUGAGACUAGGAAGAUUGGAUAGCUUGACAGCUAGUCAAGAUAACUCAAGCAAUAUCAUGCCAAGUCCGAGAUCCAAUGCAACCACUCUCAUCAAUCUCUUCCAGAAAUACAACCUCUCUGUCAAAGACCUUGUAGCACUCUCAGGAUCUCACUCGAUCGGCAAAGGUCGAUGUUUUUCAAUCAUGUUCAGACUAUACAAUCAAUCCGGUAGUGGAAAGCCUGAUCCUGCCAUUGAUCCUGCUUUUAGAAAUGAGCUUAACAAACUAUGUCCACUAGAUGUUGAUCAAAAUGUGACAGGGAACCUUGAUUCAACUCCUGUGAUUUUUGAUAACCAAUAUUUCAAGGACUUGGUUGCUGGGAGAGGAUUUCUCAACUCUGAUCAAACACUUUACACUUUCCCUCAAACAAGAGAGUUUGUGAGUUUCUAUAGUAGAGAUCAAACUGAGUUUUUCAAAGCAUUUGUAGAAGGGAUGUUGAAAAUGGGUGACUUGCAGUCCGAUCAACCUGGCGAGGUUAGGAGGAAUUGCAGAGUCGCCAAUCCUCGUCCCGCUCAUUUCUUUUCUGAACACAAGAUGCAAAAUCCAUAAAUCAAUAUAAUUACAUAUGGUUGUAACCUAAGAGACUUUGAUUAAUAAGACGAUAACUUCGAAUUUUUGAAACAACAAA